AUGGUGGAUUUGUUCCUAAACCGAGUUCUGGUAGAGAACAACUGGGACCAGGAUGAACUCAACACGGAGCGUGAGAUCACUGGAAUCCUUGAAAACCGCAUCCUGUUGCUGUUCUUUGCAUCUGCUGAAUGUGACAAGUGCCAGGAGUUUUUGUCUCCUCUGAAUGAUUUUUUUAAGAGACUGAAAGAUCCAUCAUACAUCGAAUACCCCAAACUGCUGGCACUCAUCUACAUCAGCUUGGACCAAUCAGAGGAGCAACAGGAAAGAUUCCUCAAAGAGUUGCACAAAAAAGUUCUAUUUUUGGCUUUUGAGGACCCAUACAGGAAAGAACUGCAGGCUAUGUUCAAGGUGAGGGAUAUACCAACAAUAGUAGUACUUCGUCCUGAUGGCUCCGUGCUCUCUCCAAAUGCUGUGCCAGACAUAUGUCAUUUUGGUUCGGACUGUUUCAGAAACUGGCAGGAGUCAGCUGAGCUCAUUGAGAGGAGCUUCAUGCUCAAUGAAGAGUUUGAAAACCUAAAUCUGCGUAGCGCCUCUGACCCCUUGAGGAGACUCAAGUACAAAACAGAGGACGAUAAGAAGAAAACGAGAUGGUGGAAGUCGUUGGGGAAGGGCAAAGAUGGAAAUGAAGAGGAGGAAGAGAAAGAUGGAAUGUGGGAUACAAAGAAAAAGGAGGGAGAUAAAGGAACAUGGAGGAGAAGAUAA